AUGGUCAGUAAUAGUUACAUCUGCAAGCAUGUGAUGGGCACAAAUAGCUAUGGACAGCUGGGCCUUGGCCAUAAAGAGGAUGUACUGCUACCUCAGUCACUGGAAAUUUUUCCAUGCAACCAGCAAAGGAUUAAAAGCAUCACCGGAGGAGGAGGGCACUCGGCAGUUAUCACUGAUGCAGGUGAACUCUUUGUAUGUGGCCAAAACAAAGAAGGACAGUUGGGACUGAAUCAUACAGAGGAUGUACUAUGUUUUACUUUGUGCACUGCAUUGUCCAGCUUGCAUGUGAUACAAGUUGCCUGUGGUUGGGAUUUUACAGUCAUACUUACAGAAAAUGGUGAAGUUUUAUCCUGUGGUUCUAACUCUUUUGGACAGUUAGGACUUCCCCAAACUUUAGGAGGAUGCUUGAGCCCACAAAAGAUUGAGUCCCUUAGGGAGAAGAUUGUGAAUGUUGCUGCAGGAAUCAGACAUGCUCUUGCUGCCACAGAAAGUGGCUUAGUUUUCCAGUGGGGAACUGGCAUGGCAUCUCGGGCAAAACGGAUGAACCAAGGCAGAACUAUCCCACCCUUUCUGACAGCAAAGGAACCAUGUCGAGUAUCAGGCCUGGAAAAGGUAAAGGUGAAAAGAGUUACUGCCAGUUCUUACCAUUCGGUGUCACUUACAGAUAAAGGAGAAUUGUAUGUCUGGGGAAGCAACAAACAUGGGCAGCUUGUGAGCAAAGAGAUUUUUCUUGCUGAGCCAGUCAAAAUAGAAGCUAAUUUUUUCUUAGAUGAAAAGAUUGGAGCAGUCUGGAGUGGAUGGACCCACUUGGUGGCACAAACAGAAUCUGGCAAGGUCUUCACAUGGGGUAGAGCAGACUACGGACAACUUGGAAGAAGUUCAGUUCAUGAUGGACAAAGGCAGGAGGUGUGCAGAAUAUCUGAAGAGCAUUCAGAGCAGUUAUUUAAUGUCCCAGUUCCUGUGCCUUGCCUUACUGGAGCAUCUCAGAUUGCAUGUGGCUCAGAACAUAAUCUGGCAAUAGUUGGUGCUGAACAGCAUAGAGGGAUCCAUGAGUGUACAGGCAGAUUAGAUGCAUCAGCAGCUGAAGGUAGCCAAUGUUUCUCAUGGGGAUGGAAUGAACAUGGCAUGUGCGGAGAUGGUACAGAAGCAAAUAUUUAUGCCCCGAAGCCAAUCCCAGCUUUUGGUUCUGCAGAACUGUUCUUAAUUGGAUGUGGGGCAGGACACUCCAUGGCUCUUUGUCAGACUCCAUUAGAUGUUACACACAGGGAAUCAUAGCCUCAUGGGUUUGGACAUCUUUGCAUAUGGCUCCUCAGAAGUUUUGUGAGAAUUAGUUAUUAGUGCUAAAGGUGUAGAGAGAAAAAAGGGUACAAAUCCCUUCAUUCUAAAGUAAAAAAAAAUGAGCUAUUAUGCUGAGAAAGCUGUUUAAUAGAGAUGCGCAUAAAUAUAUUACUGUAAAUUAUUUCACACAUUCUUUUCACAGGAGAUGACUUUACUGCCUGUGGGUGAAAUGAAUAAAUAUUUUGCUUUGAUGCAGCAUAAAUGAAGCAGGAAGGACUUUUCCUUCAAUGUUUAUAACAACAAAAUACAAAGUUAUCUUGAAUGGUUUUAGUAGGUGAAACCUGAUUAUUAUUAGAAAAAGUGUUAUUUGCUGACAUAGGGGAGAGUUUGGAUGGGGUUUGAAGGAAGUAGUUUAAGGUUUCAGAGUACAUGUUUUGGUAUAUGUAUAUGUUGCUGAGCACAUGCGUCUCCUAUUGGAGCUGUGAAUAUCCUCAGCUUCUAAAAACAGGUCCAUAUUAAAUGCACACAUUGGUGAAUAUGAAUCCUAAUUUUUUAGAUAUUUCUAAGAACAAAACAACAAGUUCUGUUUCCAAGGAUAAAGUAAGUCUAAUUUAGAAGGCUGCAGGAGAAAAGGAAGCGGGGUGGCCCUCUGACUAAGAUUGAUAAUGUUUGCAUCUUACUAUUAUGCUAGUAUAAUGAUACUGCUAUCAUUGAAUUGCCUUCUGCAGUGCAUGCCCAAAUCCUGUGGAUUUAUAACAUAGAUGUGCCAACAAGUUCAUGUAAAACAAAACGUAAAGGGAUUCUUUCUAAAGCUUAGCCACGUGGAGACUCUUUGACACUGGGAGAAGUAUGGUAGCAUUCUUUCUUUUUCUGUAAAUAGUCAAGGCCCUUUGGCCUUCUUCUGUGCCAGUUAAGCUUCACUUCUAAGCUUCUGUCAAAAAGAGCAUACUCCCAGUAACUGCCAAUAGCUUUUGGAAGGGACAGAAUUCCUUCUGCUUCGGUGUAUAAACCACCCUUAAUGUAUGGGCUUAAGAAAACCUCUCUAAGUAGGAGUCAUUCAGGUUCAUGGCUUGUUAGCCCAGCUCGAUAUGGCCACUGGAAACAGGGUACAGGGUUUGAUAAUGCAUUGCUCUGCUCCAGUAUGGCAGCUCCUGUGUUUCCAAAUUUCUGAACUUCUCACAAGCUCACAAAAAAGGGGCUAGAGAUUUCCAAUUAAAUAUGCAAAAAUAAUUUCAGGCAAGCUCCAAGUGAGCCUAUUAUCCUUUGAUCGUUUAAAACCAGGCCAGAAUUACUUUUUCCCAGAUAGUGCUCAGUAUAGAAAAUUUAGUCUUAGUGAUGAUUUUUGGGAAGAAAUGGCAGAAGGGGGAUUUCAUCUCAAAAUGUCUCUGACUCAUUGUGUUAAACAGGAUUUAAAACAACUCAUUUGGUAGAUUCUUUUUUUUCACACAAAUGCAGUGAUGGCCAUUAAAUUGGAUGUUUACCACCCACAGUAGUUAAAUUUACUUGUAGUAUUUGAGGUAUUUCAUAUUCUAAAUAUAGGGAAUACCACUGUAUGGUGAAUAUCCAUUUUUAAUGAGGCCCACUUCAGUUAAGCAUCUAGAAGUAAAUGAGCCUGUUGACUGGUUGUCUUACAAUGCCUGAAAAGUGAUGUAAUAUGAGUUUUUUGAAAAUUGAACAGGAAAAUGUUCCAAUUAAAACAAGGUAAUAAUAUGGGCUUCAGGGAUGUUUCUAUAGCAUAGUACAUCAGGGACUAGGUUCCUGAUAUUUUUCCAGUUUCAAUGGAAAAUACACCUGAAUGAAUGACUUCAGAAAAGUAAAAAGAUCAUAUCAAUUGAUCAAAGCCACUAAAAGAAACAGAUAGUAAAGACUAUGUGCAAGUGUUAUGUUUCUACUGGGAGAAUCUCAGUUUUUGUUUAGAAACCCAAAGUGCACAAACACAUUUUCUCUCAGACUAAAAAUGUCAGUUCCAGGAGAAAAUUAGCCCAAUUGCAGCCCAGUAGAAAUGGCUCCUGAGAGUUUCUCCCAGGAGAAGGAGUGCAUGUGUACACUUACUAUUGAGAUAGAAGGCACAGCUCUGUCUUUCAGCAUCUACUUCCCUACAUCCAUCCCAACUCCAGGGGGACAUUUUGUCACUCAGGCUGGACUUCACUGUUCCAUCCGCUACUCCUGCCAGUCAUGGAGCAGACCCCUCCCUCUAACUGCCCCAAGGCCAGGAAAGCCCAUCCCCUUUCACCAGCUCUGCGAUUGUGCACUAGAGCUGCAGAGAGACAAAGGGUACUGAGAUAUCUGUGUCCCCUGCACUUGAUCCAGACUGCCAGAACCAUGAAACCUAGACCCCCCACACUCAGACCCCCACAACGCUGACAUGUACACCCCCCUAGAUCCCCACAUCCUUGAGACCUAAAUACCUGAACCAGGACCCAAAUCCAGGCCCAGAAAUUGACACUUCUGCAACUGAGAAGAGAGGAGACAUACUCUGGGUCUCCUCCCAAAGCCUCACAACAGGGUUGGGAGGGAGGGGAGAUGUAAGCGGGACAUCCCUAGGGGAGUGCCACCAGCCAGACACUGUUGGCCUGUGUACUAUUGGCCUGUGCACUGCUCUCAGUGCUCUCUGGAAGCCAGGGGAGCCUGAGAGCAUGCUGGGAUGCUGGGAGACCCCUAGCUGUGUACCAUUGGCAACACUAGCACCCACUUGACCCCUCUGUUGUUUAUACCAUGCUCUCCUGGUAGGUUUUUCGAUUGGGAGAACAAAACUGCAAGACUUCCUGUGGUUCAUUCAAACACUUGUAUGUGGCCAAAGUGGUCCAAUAAAGCAAAAAAAAAAAAAAAAAA